GGAACCUGCGUGAGGUGUGGCUGGAGCUCGGGAUGCAGGCUGGGCAGGGGCGGGCUGGAAGUUGGAGUAAGCAGGAAGUGAGCUGAGGGCCGGCCCGGGAGGAAGCAGACCAGGCGAGCUCGGCUGUCUACCGGCCCUGGCCGCUUGCAGACAUGGAGGAGGCCAGUGGAAGAAAUGACCAGGUACGGAACCUGCAGAGCGAGGUGGAAGGGGUCAAGAAUAUUAUGACCCAGAAUGUGGAGCGGAUCCUGGCCCGAGGAGAAAACUUGGACCAUCUCCGCAACAAGACGGAGGAUCUGGAAGCCACGUCGGAGCACUUCAAGACCACGUCGCAGAAGGUGGCACGGAAGUUCUGGUGGAAGAACGUGAAGAUGAUUGUCCUCAUCUGCGUCAUUGUUGCUAUCAUCAUCCUCUUCAUCGUGCUCUUCGCCACUCAUGCCAUCCCUACUUAGGGAGCCCCUGGCACCCUGCCCCCCUCUUCGGGGCAGCCCUCUGGAGCAGGUGACAAGUGGGUCCCUCUCUCCCAUCCUCCUCUACAGUGAGGCUGCUCGGUCCUCCUGCUCCUUGAUCCUCUGCCACACUGCCUGCCCCCAGGGAGCACCUCGAGCCCCCCUGGAGGAGAGCGCUGGACUGUGGCUGCAUUUUACGAGUCCUCAGCGUGGGCUGGAGAGACCCAGAGGGUCCAGCAUGGGCCUGGGAAACUGUUGGUGGCUGGUGGGCAAUAAAGAUCUGCCAGUGUCCCCACCUGUGUCA